AUGAAUCGAUAUUGGUGGAGGUCGAAUAAUGAUCAUGGUAUUCACUGGAAAGCUUGGGAUAAGUUAUGUAUUCCAAAGAAAUAUGGAGGAUUGAGGUUUAAAGAAUUGAGAGCGUUUAACCUGGCUAUGCUUGGAAAACAAGGAUGGAGUUUCCUGACACAGCCACAAUCAUUAGUUUCAAGAGUUUAUAAAGCCAUGUAUUAUCCCACUAAUUCUUUCUAUGAUGCAUGUUUGGGAAAUAACCCGAGCUUUUGUUGGAGGAGUAUUUUGGCAGCACAGGAAUUGAUUUGUGGGGGAGUUAGGAGGAGAAUUGGAAAUGGCCAAUCAACAUUGAUAUGGGAUCAUCCAUGGUUGCAUGAUGGGUUACAACCGAAGAUAUUAACAGAAAAACCACCCCAAUUGGCACAGGCGAAAGUAGUGGGUCUGAUGGAUCAACAGACACGAACCUGGGAUAAAGAUAUUCUAACAGAUAUUUUCAUACCUGAGGAUAUUGAGCGAAUUCUGAAAAUACCUGUGUCACCAGAUUAUGAGGAUUUGUGGUACUGGUAUGGGGAUCCAAGAGGUGAAUAUUCUGUUAAGAAUGGAUACAGAACAGUAGUUGGAGAAUAUAGCCAACAGGUUGUGACAUUUGAUAAAUGGCAAAAGUUAUGGAAGCUUAAAAUCCCACCCAGGUGGAAAACAUUUUUAUGGAGAGCUCUAAAUGAUAUUUUACCCACUACAAAGAACCUACUUAUAAAGAGGGUUGAUAUUGACCCAACAUGUGCUAUGUGUGGAAUUGAACAUGAAGAUGUUGUGCACUCCUUGAUCAAAUAUGAUGACGGGAUUAUUUAUGCAGUGGCAAUACUCUAUUAUAUUUGGCGCACAAGGAAUGGAGCUGUGUGGGAUGCGUACUUACCCAGGCCUCGGAAAGUGGUUGUGAUGGCGGCAUCAGCUCUCAAUGCUUGGAAGGCGGUUCACCACCGAACACCAACUCAGCCGAUCCAUGCUACCACGGUAGACCACACCAUAGCAGUAACAACCGGUGCGGACGUGCCUAUAGCCACGGCGUUACAUACGGCUGCCACGCCCAUCGUCACAGUACACCGACCGCAACUCUCUACGACAUACACCGCGCGCAAUGCUGUUCACGGCAUGAGGGGAAAAUGCUACUUCGAUGCGGCUUACGAUCCACAGACGAACAGGACAAGAAUGGGAGCAAUUAUCCUAGACGGCCAAGGGAGUUAUAUUGCGGCCAUGGCUACUACAGUGAUAGAUUGUUUUUCACCCCUAAUGGCGGAGGCUGUUGCAUGCAAGGAAGUAUUGUCAUGGUUGAGGAGUCGCGAAAUAAACUCUAUCGAGCUAUACACGGAUUGUUUGGUGCUUCAACAAUGCCUGUCUUCUACGACACACUCGUCACGGGAUUACUUGGGCUAUGCCAUUGAUAGUUGCAGGACUAGUUUAUCGACAUUUGAUUACUGUUUACUUCAUUACAUUCCUAGAGUAGAUAAUUAUUUAGCUCAUACAUUAGCAUCUACUACAUUUACUGACUCGAAUCCUAUGUACUGGGAUUCUGCUCCUCCAGCUUCUAUUUCUGCAUACUUCGAAUAA